GUUUUGGGCCCGCUCAACUAUCGCAGAGCUCAGUUUUCGAGCUGGUUGGCGGCUGUCCCGCUUGGAUUUGUAGGGCUUGCUGUCAUCUGCCUCGGCGCUAAGUGCCCAAGAUAUUCAGAGUGUGGGAAUAUUUCGGUGGAUCGGUUUCUGGUUUCGAUUCGAUGAGCAUUGCGGAACUUUCAACUGAAACCUUGACUCAUGUGCUCAGCGAGCUCGAAUACUUCGAAAUAUUGAAGGCCCGAAGGGUGUGCAAUCAGUGGAAGCAAAUUAUUGACAGUUCAUUGCUGUUGCAAUAUUUGACGGAGUUGGGAUGCCAUGGCAAAGUGGAGGGCUGUUCGGUCAAUUUAACCACUGCUGAGAAGCUACAGGAGCUUCUCUUGCACGAGCAUCGAUGGGUUAACUUAGAACCUCAUAGCCUGUGCGAGAUAGAACCCCCAAUAGACGAAAUCUAUGAAUUCGCAUGUUCAGUGAUUGGGACAGGACCGAGACGCUCUCCUAUGAGCCUAUUCUUUGCGGAGCUUCCUUCAGCGGUUAAUAGCACACCAUUAAGAACGUGGACACACCAAGAUCCCUCUUUGCUACUUCGCGAUUUUACAAUGGAUCCAAGUCAAGAUUUACUUGUUCUGCUAACAUACAGCAGCCGCAAUGCGAGCCCAGAAUUUGAAUGGAGUAUUCAUCUUCAUUCUUUAUCUACCAACAAGGCACAUAGCCGGGCAAAAAAUCCAAUACUUCCCAUGAAACUUAUGAUCAUGCCUGAGGAAUCAUUUCGGAUUCAAGUGUUUGGAGAGACUCUCGCGCUCCUAGAGCCAGACUUGACGUCACACAUCUUGACUGUCUGGGACUGGACGAGUGGCACGCUCUUACUGAAUUGGGAAAUUUCCGAUUCGCCCAUGCGUUGUCGCGACAUUCAGUUCCUCUCAGACGACACCGUCACUUUGCCAAUGCUUCCGUACAUCAAUGAGAACCUUCCGGCGAGGCUAGAUAUAUACACACUUGAUAAACAGGAACCUCCUUUGGAAAACGCAGAAAAAGGGAUAUUAGUCCCGUCCCUCUCAUGUAGCCUCCUUUUUCCCGGCAACGGCAUUAUUUCCCUGAGCCUGAAGCUUGGCAGCCGGCCCUAUGCGUCACUUCCCACAUUCAUCGUUAGCUGUGGUUCCUCUAAGCUAUUCAACCAUCAAGGAGAUCGAAUUGUUAUCCUGCAGUUGUUGACCAGGACGGAUGAGAAAAUCCACAAGUGUAGCCUUGCAAUUUAUGCUAGCCAGCUUCUAGCGUUUGCGCAAGCAUCUACAUUAAGGGAACGACCCCGUUAUUAUAUCUCUUGGUCAGAAUGGGCAGCCUAUACGACAAGCGUCCCGACGUCUCGGAGCAGAUUUGAUCCUUGUUCGGCAUAUGGGGACCGUUGCGUUAUCCUAGGAAGGACUCCAGAGGGCAUAUCCACAAUCAGGGUCUUUGACUUUCGCCCCUCCAGAUUCCGAAGGUUCCAACAUUCAUUAUCAGCGGUUUCAGUGGCUUCACGUAGCUGCCCAUGGCCGUCGCCACUCCGGUCUCAGGAUAAUCCAAAUGUGACCACCCGCUUGAUGGAGGCGAGGCCGGUUGCUGGGACACCAACAAUUUUCACCGAACUCGGAGCUGACGACACCGACGACGAACUUGAUGGAGAGAUAUCUCGGCGAGGCAGUUCUCCAUCCCAUUUGCCGUACACUGAACUGGAGCGCCAGUUAGGUGAAGCGCAACGUGUCCCACUGAGAGUCAUGAUAGACGAAGAGAAUGUAGUUAUCCUUUGGUUGUACUGCAGGAAUGGAAGAUACAGAUACGAAAUACUCAAUUUCUGAUUCAGCGUCCCAUGCUCACAAGUGGGGACCAGUACCAGUUAUCGAUCCUCCGGGUUCCAUGGGUUGUACUUAAAUAUAAAUGAAUCAUGGCUGG